AGUCCGAAUCAAUACGUCUUAUAUUGGAUGUCUCUAGAUGGUGUGUUGCAGCACAGCCUUAUCUCCUAGAUGCAAGCAACUCGCUGAUUUGUUUCGCCCCAGUCGCCGAGGCAGCCCCAGAUGCAAGACACUCACCGGCCUCUCCCGCGCAGGGGGCCAAGGCAGAAUCGUUAAGUCCAAAUCAAUACGUCUUAUACAGAUGUCUCUGGAUGUCGCCGAGGCAGCCUCAGAUGCAAGACACUCACCGGCCUCUCCCGCGCAGGCGGCCAAGGCAGAAUCGUUCUGCAAGCACUCUGUUCGCUAUUCCCGCUCAUCGAUUCUUAUCCGCGAAGUACUCUAGCCUCAACCAGCAGCAUGAACGAGGAAACUACCAUAUCACUGCGCUAUCUCCUGGAAGCUAGGUUGAUAGAGCUUCUUGAUAGCAAUUUUGCAGACUGGCGCAUGAGUAAGACGGAUACCGAAGUCAGAAUUUUCGCAG